UCCCGCGCAGCUAAGAAAACGGCGGAGCUGGCGGCCUGUGCUCCUCUCGGCUUCUCUUCGGCGUUUCCUGGGCGUGGCCGUGAGGAGUGGUUUUAGGCGGGGAAACCGCUUGGCGGCGCCCGGUUGACUCGCUCUUUCCAACGGGCGGAGGCGCGUUUGCGCCGUGGGGGCGCCGUUUCGAAUCCGGCCUCCGACGUGGACCGUAAAGUCGUUUGGCAUGUCGGCAGGCACACUUGCUUUUCGUGGCGGGCGGGGAGCGCUCUGUAAACUGUGAAGUGAGGAGCGGAUGUGAGGGACGUUACAGGCUAUCGAAGCCCCGUCUGCGCUCUCAGGAGACUGGCCGGGGAAUCUGGGCAUCGGGGUUUCCUCAGUCUUAGCUGAUCUUUCUCCACAGCUUCAUGGAGCCAGAGAGGGAAAGAGUCGAGAGACACCCCAAGAAAGGCAGGAAGAGGAGGCGGGCCCCGAACAAGCUGGUCGGGGCGGCCGAGGCGAUGAGGGCCCGGUGGAAUCUUGAGGAGAGGCAGCCCGAGGCCAAGAGAGCCCGCUUAUCUACCAUUCUGUUUGCUGAAAACUGUGAAGUAACCCAUGGCCAACUAUGUGAAUUACUGAACUGGUGUCAACUUUUUCAUCAAAACCACCUGAACAACGUGGUAGUUUUUGUUCUGAAGGGAAUGAGUCAGCUACAUUUUUACAGGUUCUAUAUGGAGUUUGGUUUUCUCCGAAAGACAUUCAGACAUAAAUUCCGCUUGCCUCCUCCGUCAUCUAAUUUCCUAUCUGAUAUUAUUGGGCUCCAAAAGAAACAAACAACUAUGAAUCUGCCCAGGAUGAUGGAAGGGUCUUUACCUUCUGCCAGUUUAAAAGUCAGUGUCAACCUGCAGAAUGACCCCAUCAUUCAGAAGUAUGGCUCUAAGAAAGUGGGAUUGACCAGAUGCCUUCUGACUAAGGAGGAAAUGAAAACAUUUCACUUCCCAUUACAAAGCUUUUCUGAUUGUGAAAACUUUGUACCUGGUACCAAAUGUAGUGGUUCAGUAGCUGAUAACAGCCCUCUCUUUGGACUUGACUGUGAAAUGUGUCUUACGUCCAAGGGGAGAGAACUAACACACAUCUCACUGGUUGCCGAAGGAGGCUGCUGUGUUAUGGAUGAACUUGUUAAACCUGACAACAAGAUUCUGGACUACCUUACCAGUUUUUCAGGAAUCACAAAGAAGAUUCUUAACCCAGUGACCACCAAACUUAAAGAUGUACAGAGGCAAUUAAAAGCACUUCUUCCUCCUGAUGCUGUAUUAGUGGGCCACUCCUUAGACUUGGAUCUCAGAGCACUGAAAAUGAUACAUCCAUACGUUAUUGAUACAUCAUUGCUUUAUGUCAGAGAGCCGGGCAGAAGAUUUAAGCUAAAGUUCUUAGCCAAGGCUAUUUUGGGGAAGGACAUACAGUGUCCAGACAGGCUUGGUCAUGAUGCCACAGAAGAUGCUAGAACAACCCUUGAAUUGGCUCAGUAUUUCCUUAAGUAUGGCCCAAAAGAGAUUGCAGAGCUAAAUCUGGAGGCACUAGCUAGUGACCAAGAAUUGCAAGCAACAGGCCAACAGCCAAGAAAUACAACAGAAGUAGUUCAGCAGCCAAACACAAGUGUUUUAGAAUGCUUGGACUCAAUGGGUCAGAAGCUCCUUUUCUUGGCCCGGGACACUGAUGCUAGUGAACUUUCUGCUUCCAGAAACUGUCACAUUAUUAAGUGCCUUUCAAAUAAAGAGAUGAGGGUCAAGUGGACAGAGAUGUCAACUGUGUAUGCUGGACCAUUUAGCAAAAAUUGCAAUCUCGAGUCUCUGAAGAGGCUGUGUAAGAGCUGUGGCCCAGUCCAGUCAAUAACUCUUGUUCUUGAAACACAUCAGCCUCAUCUCUGCAUCCAGUAUGAAGUCCUAGAAGCUGCCCAGCUGGCUAUUGAGACCUUAGAUGGCAUUCUGGUAGAAGGUACUUGCAUCAAGGUGCAGAGGCCUGUCACAGAGCUUACCCUUGAUUGUGACAACCUUGUGGAUGAGCUGGAACGAGAUUCUGAAAACCGAGGUACUAUUUACCUGUCUGGAGUGAGUGAAACCUUCAAAGAACACCUGUUACAGCAACCCAGCCUUUUCCUUGGCCUAGAAGCUCUGAUUUUGCCUAAAGAUCUUAAAAGUGGAAAGCAGAAAAAAUACUGUUUCCUGAAAUUCAAAACUUUUGGCAGUGCCCAGAUGGCCCUUGACAUUCUCACAGGCAAAGGCUGGAAGCUGAAAGGCAAACACCCCCUAACCCCCAGGCACCUCCAUGCGUGGCUUAGGGGCUUACCUCCUGAAUCAAGAAGGCCCCCAGGGCUUCGUGUCAUACCUCCUGCCCCGGAGCAGCAGGCCUUGCAGACCCUGAAGGUGGACCACCCAAAGACAGCAGCCUGGCGCUGGGGCCGGAAGAUUGGGAAGCUCUACCAUAGUUUGUGCCCAGGCACCCUCUGCCUCAUCCUGCUGCCAGGGACCAAGAGCACUCAUGGAUCACUUUCUGGCCUGGGGCUGAUGGGAAUAAAAGAUGAAGAGGAAAGCACCCCAAAUACAUCGUCCUUUCUCCAAGACCUGGCCUUACUAUGUCGAAGUUGGGAACCAGGAGCCAGAACUGAAAAGCUUAAUUUGGGAUCUGCAACUUGAAGCCCCCUCCUGAGAAGGAAAGUUCCCCAGGUAUACUGCCAACCUCACCUGCUAGGACCCGAAUAAAGCCAGCUCUUCUGUGUUGACAGGAGAGCUGUCCUGGGACUUUGUCAGUUACACUUCACUGUUUAACCUUUGGCCUAUGGCAGUUCCUACCAAGACCCAUCUUUCCAAUUCUCAGUUUUCCAUGGAGCAGCUUGAAACCAACAGUGUUGCUGGAUAUCUUCCCACUCUCGCUGAGCUCCAAAACUUUGGGAGCUUGCCCACUGUUCAUCUCUUAUGAGACAUUGUAGAGUAAGUACCUGCCUUUGGAUACACAGUACUGGAUUGGAACUUCAGCUCUGCUCCUGGGUAUUCUAGGGCAAGUCAGCUUCAUUUAGUCCAUUUCCUCAGCUUUAUAAAAUGAGAAAAUACCUAUUUUUGAGGAUUAUUUUGAGAAUUCAAAGAACUAGUUUAUGGAAAAUGACAGAAUACUAGGCUGUGCAUGUAUAAAGUGAGCCUCAAUUUUCUCACCUUGAAAAUGGAAAGAUUAAGUACCUAUUUCAUAAAGCUAUGAAGAUUAGAGAAAGCCUAGAUUGAGUUCAAUAAAUAAUUUUACUGAGUCAUCUUCCAAAUGCAGGAUCACAGGCAGAUUAGGCUCUCUGUGCCAAGAGCUUUCCCCUUGCUGUUGGGGUAAUAGGCAAGGCCAGUUCCUUCUCCUGGAUUGGUGGGGAUGGAGGUUUCCCCAUGGACCCUCACCCUCAGAAGUUUGCAGAGAUUGGGCCCUGGACCAAAAGGCCUCUGAGGCUUCAGUCUGCACACUCUGUUCUUUCGGCGGAUGCUCCCACCUUUUGGAAGCCAAAACUGCCAAGUUGGCCUCUUGCAAAACACGCAUUCCAUUCAUAAGUGCGUUUGUGCAUUUUUCCUCCCACACCCUUUUAGGCUGCCAAGGCAGCUGCUGGAGAAGCAGCGUCUCCUUUUUCAGGGGUGGGAGGGGGGAUCCCAUGGUUUUUAAUAUUAUACUUGGCUUAGGGUUGUAAUGCAUUUACUACCAUUUCCUGGCCUCUCCCCACAUGCAGGGGUUAAUUCAGGCCCUCAGCCAAGUUGGUUUUCAUUUCCUUUUGUCCUCCUUUUUGUAAAUAAUCUUUUUCCUAUUAUAAAAGCUCAUUAAUGGAAAUUUGAAAUAUCCAGAAAAAAAUCACAUCUAUUCCCAACACCCAGAGUCAGUGACUGCCAAUGUUUUAAAAUCGUCUGUUGAACUUCCUCCGUAAGUUUUUAAUAGCUGCAUAAUAUUCCAAUAUGGUGAUGGGCCAUAAUGUCUAAAACAAUCCCCUAUUGUUCACAUUAAAGUUGCUCCCAAAUGGUUCUGCCAAUUGUAGCCUUGCACAUACAUCUUUGCCAGGUAAUACUACUUUAGGAAAAAUUCCUAGAAGUUAAAUUAUUGGGUGAAAAGGCGUGAAUACUAAAGGCUUUUUAACUCCAAAACGUUUUUUACUGUUAGCAUAAAUUUGUUUCAAAUCUUUGCCAAUUCAGUAGGCUAAGAUUUUCAUUCUAGAUUUAAUUUCUAUUUAUUUGAAUGCCCUUUAGAUUGGCAUUCAACUUUUUAUCCAAAAGCUUUUUUGGCCAACUGUUUAGUUAUUUUUCUUCAGUGAGUUGUGUUGUCCUUAUCCUUUGCCCAUUUUCAAUUGGGAAGCUUAAGUAUUUUUCCAUACUGAAUUUUUCAGUGUUCCUUAUGGAUUAUGUAUAGUGUCAACAAUUACUGCAAGCGUUUCUAGUGUGCCUAUUUUAUUUUAUCUAAGUUUUAGAAGUUUAUUCUUCUUUAAUCUGCUGAUAUAUUGCUGCCAUGUUCCACUAGCAUCCCUAAAGCAAAUGACUGAAUCAAGGCCAUAACAUUGCAUAGGAAGGUUAACCCAAGUAGAAGCCUUAUGGCUUUCUUAGCACUGGGCAUUCUCAGAAGUCAAAGAAAAGGAAGGGUAAUGUAGAGGUUAGCCAGGAUUCCUUGCCUCUCCUUCCUAAGCAACCCAACCCUUUUGGACAUAGGUAGGAACCCACAGUGGAGGGUGACUUCCAGUACCAGCCAGCCAUGUGCUUCUGGCAACUGGGUUUGAAAGGUAAGAAGCAGCCAGUGCUAGUGACUCUUUCACGGUCCUCUAGACCCUCAGCACUUUCUUUCUAAUAAAAGCCAGCUCCACAUCAGUUAAGCUCUACUGAUAAUUGUGUGAAGUUGCUUGCCCCUCCCUCAUCUAAUUUAAAAUUGGGUUUAAGGUGUAAAUAAUGCAUUUAGCACUGUGACAUGCUUUGAAUAGCCCUGGGCUCUACAAAAAUCAGUAUCCUCCACUUUGUCAUUCCUCAAACUUUUUUGCGAGGCCCUGACCAGGCUUGGUAGCUCACAGUGGUCAAACAAUGGACACUAGACCAAGAGCAAAUUGGAGUAUAUGUUUUGGGGGUACACUUUUUAAGUAAGAAAAAGUCAAUGCCUAGAUUUCCUUCCAGCCCCCAUCUGAUGCUGCUCUUGGCAUAAGGAAGGGAAAAGAAAAAAUUCCAAUUCACUGAAGAACUCAAAAACCUCUUCCUAACUAGAGUGAGGAUACCCCUAUGACUCCUAAGUGCUUUCCAACUGAAAUGAAAAAUCAAAUCACAUCUAAUUCCACCACUGUUGUAUUUUUAGAAGAUGCCAAUGAGUAAGAUGGUCAGUCAGUAGCUUUCUUACAAUGACUAGACAGAACAUGCAGUGGAAGGAAGCUAAGCGUCAUAAAUGGUCUACCAUAAUCAGACUUCCAGAAUGUAAGAGCCAGAUGGAGCCAUCAGGGAACGUGGAGUCCAUCCUUCCCAACCAUGCAUCCCCCACUACCAUUUGACACAGACCCUCCAAGAAGGGCAGUAACUUGUGAAAGCUCACUGGUAACCAUGCCAACCCCUUCUCCCAUUCUCUGGAACCCCUGCUUUACUCACCUGACAUCUUUUUGGAGAAUCUUAAGAGUAAUGAUUGAGCACUUCUGUGUCUUAGGUGCUUUGUAAAGACUUUCUUUUAAAUUCUAACACUCUUGGAUGGAAGAAACAUUCUCUUAAUAUUAGAAAUGAGUAAAAGGAAACUCAGGUUCACUUACUUGCCAAAGGUCACACAGCAGUGGCAUUUGACAGUCCCAAUACCAGGUUCAGCUCAUCAAUCUUUUGCCUUAAGCACCGCCAACCUGAAAGAUCUAGGAACUAUCCAUUUAACAAUGCUCAAAUUCAAUUUUUAUUCCUCAUGGAAAUCCACAUCAAUUGCUUAGGUAAGAAUAACUUAGGCACUGGCCCUGUGAGAACUUGUUGCUCUUUGCCUAGACGUACUAGGACCCCAAAGGCAAUCCCAUUAACCUUGGUGAUGAAAACCCAUGUUUGGAGUCUGGAAUAUUUUCCAAAGCAUAAGAAUGACUAUCCAAGAUGGUCAGAGGUGCAUAAAUCUCACCCAGGAAUAAAGUCACUGCUUCUUUUGCAGAAAUGUCAACAGUCAAGUAAACAAAUUUAUUAAAUCCAACAGCAGAUAACCUUCCAAAUAAAAAAACAUCAAAAUAAGGUAGACAUCAAAGACAAAAAUGUGUGUAACAAGUUAAUAAAAAUAUUCAAGGGGCCAUUUGGAGAGUGCAACAAUGCAGAGAAUACAAACAAAAGUAUUGACUUUUGUCAACAAAGUUUGUACAACCUCAAGAAAUGGACACACUUGUCACAAACCAAGAGGGAUCCACAAAGGUGGAGGGUCACGUGAGCAGUGGACUCAUCACCUCAGCGGAUUAAGGCAGGGUAAUCUGUAGGAUCCAUUCAUCCAAGCCCCCUUUGCCUAUUGCUUCAAAUUCCCCUUUGAGACCUAGAAUUAUAUUCAUUAGUGCAACAGGUCAGAGCAAUUAAUCACAGACUAAUCACAGGAGGCUAGGGACCAGGGUCAGAGGGAAGACACUUCUCCCAAAGCAAAUUAGUGUAUGUGCUGGGGAGGAUAGAAACAGCAGCUGCUGAAUGGCUUCCUUUGGCAGUAUCCAAGAUUUGUGUUGCAAGUGGUGGGUAGGGCAAGUUGAUGGGAGAAUUAGGUUAUCUGUGAGUGAGGACUUGGUUUUCAAGAAGAGGAAUAAGGACGUGAUGCCCCAGCACCUGAAUCAGAAGCAGACCCUGAUGGUUACUCAAAUCUACUCAAGACCAUCUUAGCUUCUGCAAUGAGUGCUCAAAUGUCAACUUUCUUCUUUCAAAAAGGGAAAAAUAAACUGAUCCUCACUGAAACAUAGUAAGUGUACGUUAAACUGGACAUUUGGUGUAACUACAGCUGAAGAAGGGUGG